AUGUUAUCUUUACUUACUUCAUCUUCAACAUUAAAACAAAAUCAUCAUCAUCAUCACCAUCAAUGCACAGAAUGUCGAAAAUCAUUUGCAACUCAUAGCGGGCUUAAACAACAUAUGCAUAUACAUAAAACAAUCAAACCCUAUACAUGUGAAAUUUGUUCAAAAGCUUAUACUCAAUCAUCAAAUUUAUGUCGCCAUAAACGGAUUCAUUCUCGUGAAAUAAAAUGUCCCACUUGUUUAAUAACAUUUCCAAAUGGCCAAUAUUAUGUUCGACAUAAAAAGACUUGUUUAGUUAAUAACGAUGGUAGUGAAGAACAUAAACGUAAAGCUAUUGGUGCUGCUGCUACACAAAUGUAUCACUCACUAUCAAUUAAUUCAACGAAAGAAAGUUCAGAACCACCAACACUACCACUUGAAACAUGGGCGAUUUUACAUAAACAAAUUUUAUUUCAUUUUUAUCAACAGCAACAACAGCACCAGCAACAACAACAAGAGCAAAUUAUAUGUGACACGCCACUUGAUUUAACUGUACCGAAAAAAACAUCCAUUGAAGAUGAAUCAAAUAGUAGUAGUAUGAUAUCAGAUGAAGAAGAUGAUGAUGAUAUUGAUGAAAAACAACACAUUGAACAACAUCACCAACAACAAAAUCGUUUAAAUGGAAAUAAUUAUUACGAAUGUGAAUUUUGUUCAAAACAGUUUCCUCGUGCUGCAAAUUUAACACGACAUUUAAGAAGCCAUACAGGUGAACAACCUUAUACGUGUUUAAUGUGUACAAGAUCAUUUAGUAUAUCAUCAAAUUUACAAAGACAUAUUCGAAGUAUUCAUCAUAAAGAACGACCCUAUGGAUGUAAUGAAUGUGGGAAACGUUUUGGACAACAAACAAAUCUUGAUCGACACAUGAAGAAACAUAUCAUCAAUAUAUCUCACAACUGA